GGUGGCAGUUGUGAAAAAUGUCUAUCGUUGGAAGAGUUUCUUUAAAAAAAAUGGCAUUGUUGAUUUGAUGCUUUGUCAUUAAUUAGGCUAUUUUCUCUUGAACCAUAUGGUCUAUCUAAUAGAAACUCAUAAAAAAAAUAAUACUAUAUAUAGAUAUCUUUUUAAAAAAGUGAUUCAAGUACAAAUUACCAAAGUUACGAUUGAUUGCCAUAGAUUUUCUGUUGAUUACCAAAAUUACUGAAGAUUCUGGUAGCUUUGGUAAAUUACCGGUAGCUUUGCAACCCUAGAAUUGACUCAACAAAAAGUUGUGGAUGAUAUGAAAGCAAAGUUUCCAAAUACUCUUUCAAAUUGUUAAACAUUAUUGUAUGAUAUUAUGUGUUUGUAUGUUUACCCCUAACCUCAUCUUUCUAACCCAUUGGUCAUCUAUUUUGUUUACAGACAGAAUAGAACAUCCAACACAGAGGUCUGUGACUGGAAACAUCUCUCUUGAGUUGAACACCUCACACAAUGCAGCAGACUGAAGGAGAGGCUCAACGACAGCACACGUCACACAAUAGGGGCUCACUCUGCUAUAAAAUGUGAGAAGCGUGCGCCAGCCUUUCCCCUCUCUCCAUCCCUCCCUCUCACACACAGUCAUCAGAGAGUAUGAGAAGGCUGGACUGACUGGACGGACUAUACACAAGACUGGGUUACUGCAGCAGGAGUACACACUUCUACUACCUGAUACCUCUGUCUGCACGCUAAAGCACUUAACAGGAGAGCCGCACCAUGACCAGAAAGGUGUUCACCAACACACGGGAGCGCUGGCGGCAGCACAACGUCAACACUGCCUUCGCUGAGCUCCGUAAGCUCAUCCCCACCCACCCACCAGAGAAGAAGCUGAGCAAGAACGAGAUCCUGCGGCUGGCAAUGCGUUACAUCAACUUCCUGGUGCAGCUGCUGGAGAGCCAGAGUGGCCAGCCUGCCUCACACUCCCCUACAGCCCUGCUCACCUUCCUCAGGGGCAACGUGGAACGUCUCCACUCCUCCUCCCAGACCUGGGGCCUGGCCAGCGACACUGACGCCCUCUCCCCUGGAUCAAGCUGUGACAGCACCGAGGCCUGGUAGUGUGCCUCCUGCAGUUUCCUCUGAAGGGUGAUCAUCUACAACUCUCUGGGUGAAACGGUCUGUCACAAGGCCACCAUUCAUAGACUCCAUUUUGGUUCUGUGACACUUGAGGAGUACAGUGUUGGUUGUGAUGGCAAGCAGAAGAUAUUUGUGGAUGAUGCCCUUCCUGCUGAAUUAAAUAGAUUGAGAUGGAUUUAUUUAGCUACACUCUUGAUGUAGACAUUAUGACACGGGAGGAUGGGAGCCUUGUGAAAUGUAAUCUGUAAUCUGCAUGGAUGUAGCUUGGAUGUAUUCCCCCUUCAUGUCAGACAUGUAUUUUUAUCUUGUCGGUGGGGAAAGAUGUCCACAUCAACAACAAAAAAUGUUUUGAAAUAAAAAAUAAGGAUGCAUUAAGGCCAUAAAGGAUCAUUUAAGGGAAUUUAUUUGGGAAAGACAUUUCAGGAAAGAUAAAGUCUUGUCCAAUUCACCAAGGACUGCAAUCUAAUUACAAAAUGCAAAGGGCACUUUCUUUUUUUCAAAUGACGAUUUUAUGAUGAGACUGAUUAUGACCUUGCUUAUUUGCAAAUCAAUUAUAAUUAUCAAAAUCCUGCAAUAUGACCACAUUCAUUGAUUGACACAUUGCUGUUAUACACAUUAAUUGACUAUUUAUUGGGACGACAGGAUUGAGCUGCAUGAUAACACAACUGACAAUCCUCUUUGAAAUAUGUUCCAAUUGUAGGACUGUAUUGUGUGAACAGAUAACAGGAAUAGUUUUUGUUGUCUGUCCAUUCAAGUAUUUAUUAAUCUUGCUCUUUUUGUACAAUAAGCAUGUCAUGUAACCAAAGAUUAUUAUUUAACCGUCAUUUGUCAAGGCUAUUGUGAUUAUUUAUUUUUUGUAAACUAUGUUGGUUAAUAUUAAGUUGUGAAUAUGUUAUUUAUUAUAACUAUUUAAUAAUGGUUUGUUAAUAAAAAAAUAUUUGAAUUUAUCAAAAGUAAGUACACAUUAAGUACCAUGCUCUUAUUGUAAAUAACCCUGGUAUUCCAUUGACACCAUGCAACCAUUUGUACUAAUUUAACAAACACCUCAAAGUGCCGAGCCAGGAAGUCAACAGUGCAGCUGCUCCCUAUGUGUUUGUACUGGUCCAUUCUGGACCCUCUGGUCUACUAAUGCCCUUGUUUCCUCUCAAUGGGGCCAGUGAUGGCCGCGCCUCUGAUUGUCCUCUACAAACCCUCUGACCACUGUGUGGACACGGAGACAGCCCCUAACCUCUAAACCCUUAUCUAGUGUCCGAGGGCAGAGAGAGGGGAAGAGAAAAAGGACAACUUAACUUGUGACCUGCAAUCACACAGGUCAACAUGUAGUCAAACCCUGAUCACUGACCCAACAGGCAGAUACAGCGCUGCUAGUCCUGAGGGGCUCCUAUGGGCUCUUGAAUGGAGUGUUUUUAUCCCCUUUCUGUGACAAAAUGUCAAUGAAGUCAGAUGCCAGUGUAGUUUACACAGGCUUGGCCAUUUCUGUGUCCAAUAACGUUUGAAUUGGAAUAUGUCAUUAUUUGGAUAUUUGCCCUAGGUAUGGAUAUGCACAUAUUAGAUUAAACUUGAAUUACUGAAUUUCCCU